UCAACAGUACAAUAAGAUAAUAGAUGUUACAAAUAAACCAAUAAACAAUAUAAAAAAUAUAGAAAUCUCAUUACAAUUUGUUAAUGGCAGAGAGAGAUGUAAACAGUCAAUAUCAUAUUGUAAGUUUAAACCGUUACGUUGUAGUUAAUAUACAAAACUUCAGACAGGAAACGCUUGUAAUAACAUCUGUCAUAACCUAAAAUCUUGUCUUUUUCCCUAUUAAAAUCGUGACCAUGCUAUAUCUUGUGGUUCACAAUUACAAAAUAGCAGAACUGUUUCCAUGUGUGUGAUUUCAAUGUUCAAAUACCCUAGUUUUUAAUUGUUUCCCAAUCUACCUCACGUAUGAUUCAACACAAUCACGACAUAAGGUUUUAUAAACGUUAAUCAUCGAAGUCAAUGGAAAAGGAUCAUUCGCGACUCUGAUAAAUUUUCGGAGUUUGUUAGUGCUGUAAAAAGAUAAUUUAAGGUGUUCCGACCGAGCGUAACUCGUUAUGAGUGAUAGGACGUCGUCAGUGGGGCUAGUAGCGUUCAGGUCCCGGCAUUAUGAGGGCGCGCAUUCAGAACCUCUCGAGAGAUACGGAAAGGACAAGCAAAGAGCACCGCAUACCAUGUAGUAUUCGAGCGCAAUAAAGCAUUUCUACACAAUUCAGUUUUAGUCUUCUGGGUCUGUCUCUCCAUCCCGUCGAACACUUAACAAUUGGCGCAGUCGAUAGGACGCGAUAGAUGCUAUCAAGAAACAGAGAAAGAUCCAGAGGAUGGCCUUUGCGAAGGCACUCACGGCUUUUACGGCAAAAAUGAACAAUGAUUGCUCGAGUGAAGACAAGAUGGUGACCUUCCAAUUUCUCGAGACAAAGAUGUCUGAAUUAGAUACUGUGCAUUCGGCGUAUAAUCAAGCGUUCUUCCAAUCAGACUUGGACAAAGAGGUUAUUCCCAAAGAGCUGGAAUCUGACGACGCAUAUAAAACACAAUACCUAACCGCAAAAAUAAAAGUAACGUUGAGAAAAUCCGCAAUACCGAAAGACGGAUUAAGCAUGAGGGUAGCCAAUAUUACCAAGACCUCGAAGUUUCCAAGGCUGGAAUUGCUAAAAUUUAGUAGCAAUAUCAAGGAAUAGCUGCCGUUCUGGAGCCGAUUCAAGAACAUUAACGACGAUAUGUCGAUAAGAAGUAAAGACAAGUUCCAGUAUCUUCUACAAACCACCGGUCUGGAUUCUCGGGCGAAUGAGAUCAUGAAAAGUUUCCCGCCCACGGGCGAGAAUUAUGCAAAAACAAUCACAAGCUUGAGAAAUCAGUUUUCCUCUACAGUCAUUUUUAACAAUUUGUUUAUAACAAUUAAUUGCAAAAUUGACUUUUGCAACAUGAUCUUUACGUCAAUAAUGUUUUAUUAUGCUUCGAUACUACUUUUAAUUUUGUUUUUUGACUGAUCUGACCAUGGGCAGGAAGAUUUUAAUUAUUUAUAUAGUUUAUAUUAAAAAUAUCUAAGACUAAAUAAUCAUAGGGUUAGUGAUAGUGUUCGCGCAAUAUUCAAAACGCAAGAUUCUUUCGGUUCAAUUCAGCUUUACUUCAAAUAUAACUUUUUAUUAACAAUAUCAUAUGUGUACGAUUAGCUCAGUGUUAGCCUUUUAGUUAUUUUGAAAUCUUAAGUUCGAAUCCAGCCGGCGCCGACAUGGGUUUUCAAAAAUUUAUAACAAUGCCUAAUUGUAAUAAAAAUUAAAAUGUUAUAUGUGAAAUAAUAAAUACAGAUUAAGCUAUAAGAAUAAUAAAAUCUGUUAAAAAAAAAAAAAAUGAAUUUUUUUGUUGGUCUCGAAAACAUCAGAUUUGAUCUGUAUUUGGUGUCAUUCUGUCAGCAGGUUUGAAAACAGAUUUAGUUUGUAUUUGGCAUUAUUUGUCAACGCAUUUGAUAACAGAUUUGGUUUGUGUUUGAUACCAUUUUGUCAUAACAUUAUUAUUAUCAAAUUUGUUCUGGUAUUGGUUUCAAUUUGACUUCAGAUAUGUUCGUCAGAUUUGGUUUACAUUGGACAUCCUAAUGCGGACACAAUAGGAUACGGUUUUGGUACAAAAUUCCGCUGGAAUUUGGUGCCAAUUUGAUAUCUUUUUGUGUACAAAAUGUUUGCUGGGAAGAUAAAAGCGCACUACCAUCUUUACAGCAUUCAAUAUGGUCCAUUAUAAUAUAAUAUUGCUUCAAUAUUGCAAUACUAUUUUCUAAAAGCAGAUUUUUUAAUCAUUGCAGUAAUAUUGCAUUAUUUUGCAACAUUUUUGUAAUCUUGUAAUAAAAUAUUUCUGUAACAUUGCUGUAAUCUUUCUAGACUGUAUGAGAAGCAAUAUAAAGUUGUAAAAGAAAUGUUAAAUAGCUUUCUUCUUCUAAUAAAUAAUAUUGCAUAAUAAUCAGUUUCUUUUUUCACACCUUAAGACUUGCAUAUUUCAUCUCUUCUUUUUCUUCACACAUUAAGGAAAAAAAGAAAAAAGAUAAACAAGCAAAAAAUUAAG